AUGACUGCAUCAGUUUGCACUAGAGGAACAAUUACCGGGUGGUGGGACAGGUACCAUCGUGCAACAACCGCRAGAAGUACCAACCAUUCGGCUUCGAUCAACUACUCGUCCUUCGCGUGGAAUCCGAAUAGAAGAACCACCAAGGGGAAAGGGAUCAUGCAAUCUAAUGAUAAUGAGUCGGACAGUGACAGUGACAYUGACUCAGAUUAUGAUGGAAACAAUGUUCAYCCAAGUCAAGGGCRACCUCUUGAACCCGGUAUAGGCAGCAGUAAUACAGUUCGGCGUGAGUUGUUCCCCGACAGAGAAACCAAUGUCGAGGGUGACAUCAGUAAUGGWGCCGCAGAUACUCCAUGUCCAAUGGASGAAGAUCAGGGGACCGAAGAAGGACCAUUAAACACAUGGACAAGGUUCCAAGACGCAUUACAAAGUCUUUUGUCGGAUAAUAGUACGGAUCRUGUCUUGUUUGGGAGGGAUGCACCUCCGGUUUUUAACGCUAUUGGAAUUGAAGGUACAUAA